ACAACUGGCUCUUCCUGUCCCUAUUGCAGGCGAUGGAUUCGUCCUCCUACCGAAAUUCCUCCCGCUCUUCUGUCCUUCAAUUGUAGUACUGUUUGAUUAUCCUCGUGUUCUCCUCCUCCAAUCAUGGCUGAAAAGACGCCCAAAGCUGCUCCCGACGUGAGCGAUGAUGAGCCUUCCGCUGUGGAACAGGGCGAUAUGGAGUUGUUAGCCGCCUUGGGUUACAAACAGGAACUCCGACGACACUAUUCGACAACAGAAGUCUUUGCGAUUGCCUUUAGUAUCAUGGGAUUAUUGCCGUCCAUUGCUUCGACCCUUUCGUUUUCGAUACCCGCUGGUCCGGUGGGCAUGGUUUGGGUAUAUUGCUCCCGUUCUCCAACCUGUCGAUACUCGACGGUUGGGUUGACUGGAUGUAUAGGAUGGCUUGUUGCAAGUGUGUUUAUAUUUAUUGUUGGGUUGGCUAUGGCUGACCUGGCAUCGGCAAUGCCCACGGCCGGUGGUCUUUACUUCUGGACCCAUUAUUUUAGUGGUGAAAAGUGGAAGAAUCCCUUGAGUUUCGUGGUGGGAUAUAGCAAUACCAUCGGUCUCAUCGGAGGAAUCUGCUCUAUUGACUAUGGCUUUGCUACUAUGCUACUCUCGAUUGUCUCUAUCGCUCGCGACGGAGAGUGGUCUGCAUCUCGAGGACUCGUGUACGGUACUUAUGUCGCCUGCGUCGUCGUCCACGGUCUAAUCGCCACGUUCUUUGCCCGAAUCAUGCCCAAAAUCCAGUUCGCCUGUAUUUUCCUCAACGUUGGUCUUGUCCUUGCCACCGUGCUCGCCCUCCCGAUUGGCAAAGCAGUCAAUGGGGGAACGAUCAACUCGGGCACCUAUGUCUUUGGGAAUAUCGAGAACUCCACAACCUGGCCUGCGGGGUGGGCGUUCGUCAUCGCCUGGCUUUCUCCGAUCUGGACAAUUGGUGCCUUCGACUCGUGCGUUCAUAUGAGCGAGGAAGCCACCAAUGCCCCCCGUGCCGUGCCUUUGGGUAUCUUAUGGUCUAUUGGGCUAUGUGGAACUCUGGGAUUCCUCUCUCUGGCUAUCAUCGCUACAGUAAUUGAUACGAAUCUGUCAGCAGUGCUGAACACUCAAUUCGGCCAGCCCAUGGCGCAGGUCUACUACGACUGUCUCGGUAAAUCUGGGGCUAUCGGGUUCAUGGCCAUACUUGCGCUGGUUCAGUUUUUCAUGGGAUUGAGUAUUGUCGUCGCAGCCUCCCGCCAAAGCUGGGCCUUCUCCCGCGACGGUGCCCUCCCCUUCUCCUCCUUCUUCCGCCACGUCAGCAAACGCAUCCGCUACCAACCCGUUCGCAUGAUUUGGGGCGUCAUCUGCGCAGCCAUCAUAAUCGGACUCCUAUCCCUCAUCAACGCAGCAGCCUCAAACGCUCUUUUCUCCCUCGCUGUGGCCGGCAACGAUCUCGCCUGGAUGACGCCUAUCGCCGCCCGGCUCAUCUGGGGCCAGGAGAAAUUCGAGCCGGGUCUGUUUUAUACAGGGCGCUUCAGUAAGCCAAUUGCGAUCACGGCGAUUGUGUACCUGGCGUUUGCGAUUGUGUUGUGCAUGUUCCCGACGCUGGGUCCGGAUCCGAGUCCCAACGACAUGAACUACACGGUCGUUAUCAAUUGUGCUCUUUGGGGCGGCGCACUCCUAUACUACGUUCUCUAUGCUAGGAAGACAUACAAGGGCCCCCAGAUCACGGUAUCAGAUACCCCGUCCGAAAAGAAACUGGAGAAAGACCCUCCUCGGUUUUCCGGAGGAAUAGAAGCUUAGACAGAUAGAAUAAUCGUACCAUCUGGGUCAUGUAUUAAGUCUCCGUAGGGCUUCUAUCUUCUGUUGAGGACUACACCUCCUGCAACCCUGUUCCUCACUAAUAAUGGUGUUCAAAUUGUAGAGCUAAAAAAAACUACAGUGGCAAGAUACCUGUCAUGGACUUUUUUGUAUGUAGGGGAAGUUGAAGGUUCUAGGAGCACCUCGCCAGCGAGACGCUUACAUCUAAUAAGAGUUUUUCAAGAUUUAAGAAGCAUGAAUUAGAAUCUCAGGAAGGGCUCAUAACCUGAUAAGAGGUUAUUA